AUGGCAAACAGACAGGCCAAGCAGGCAUGGGCUAGGUUCCACGAGUAUGGGUCAACGAGUAAAAUUUUUGAGCGGGAAAGGAGUUGCACCACCGGUACUUGCCCUUGCAGACUGAUUUUGAAAAUACAAUGUGGUUUCCUCUUCUUUGCAGUCAGUGUUAGUGAAGUAGAGGCCUUGUAUGAACUGUUUAAGAAAUUAAGCAGUUCAGUAAUUAAUAAUGGACUAAUUCACAAGGAAGAGUUUCAGUUUGCACUCUUCAGGAACAGAAAUAGGAAGAAUCUUUUUGCAGACAGGAUCUUUGAUCUGUUUGAUGUCAAGCGCAAUGGGGUCAUCGAGUUUGGGGAAUUUGUUCGAUCGUUGGGCGUCUUUCAUCCAAAUGCACCUGUGGAGGACAAAAUUGCAUUUGCUUUCAGAUUGUAUGAUCUAAGGCAGACUGGUUUCAUUGAGUGGGAGGAGUUGAAGGAGAUGGUUUUGGCACUGCUGCAUGAAUCAGAUCUCGUACUUUCAGAUGAUUUCAUUGACACUAUUGUGAAUAAGACCUUUAGUGAUGCUGAUACAAAAGGUGAUGGAAAAAUUGACCUAGAAGAAUGGAAAGAAUUUGUGUCUAAGAAUCCCUCUCUGAUAAAGAACAUGACUCUUCCAUAUUUGAUGGACAUAACCUUGGCAUUUCCCAGCUUUGUGAUAAGUACUGAAGUUGAAGAUUCAGAAGUCUAGGUUCAUAUCAUUUCUAGAAUGCAUCAACAUUGUUGCUUUUUGAGUUGAACAUAAUCUACAA